AUGUCCCAGUAUGUCGAGCAGGGCUACACCGCGUUUGCCGAUCACUAUGGAAGCUCAGAAAUCAUUUUUGGCCAAUUCCGGCGUAGCCGUCAGAACACACAGCGCAUUGUGGGCGCAACUAAAUGGUGUGUCUUCCGGCCGACAAAUCCCACCCGUGUGGUCGUGGAAGCCGCCGUGCAAGAACGGCUUGAUCGUAUGCAGACAGACUGCAUCGACCUUCUACAGUUCCACUGGCAAGAUUACAACGACAAGGGCUAUCUGACCGCGCUGCGCCACCUCCAGGACCUCCAGCAGGAGGGCAGAAUCACGACGCUCGGGCUGUGCAACUUUGACGCGAUCAGGACGGACGAGAUAUGCUGCCAGCUGGGCCCCGGCUCCAUCGUCUCGAACCAAGUGCAGUUUUCCCUCAUCGACACACGCCCGCUGCACGGCAUGGCAGACGUGUGCCAGAGACACAACGUGAGGCUGCUCACGUACGGCACGCUGUGCGGCGGCUUCCUCGCCGACCAAUGGCUGGGCCAGCCCGAGCCGGACGCAUAUUCAGGCAGGCUGACGCCGUCCCAGCGCAAGUAUCUCGACAUGAUCGUCAAGGCGUGGGGCGACUGGACGCUAUUCCAAUCCCUCCUCGUUGUCCUGCGCCAGAUUGGCGACCGCCACGGCGGCGUAAGCAUCGCCAACGUCGCGACCCGCUGGGUGCUGGACUACCCGUGCGUGGGCGCGGUUAUCAUCGGGGCGCGCCUCGGCGUGUCGGAGCACCGCGGCGACAACAGCAGGGUGUUCACGUUCCAGCUGACGCAAGAGGACAACGCUGCGAUCGAUGCCGUGCUCGAGCAGUCGAAUGGACGCCAUCUCAUCACCGCGAUUGGAGAUUGUGGCGCCGAAUACCGCUGA